AUGGAGAGUACCAUAGGUAGACGAAAGCGAAAGCUUCCAAUUCGAAGGGAACCCGGUGGAGCCGACGGCGAUGGGAUUUUCGACGAGAUAGUAGAAGACGAGGAAGAUGAUUGCCCAGUUAUCGUAGAAGAUAGCAUAGGAUACAAAGAGGUAGAACAAUGUUUGGCUGAAAAUCCAGAGGAAGAAGAAGAUGAGCUCAUCGAUGUUGAAGUCUGCAACAACUUAGAAGACUCUUUUGGGGUUGAAGUGGGAGAAGAUGAUGCCACUGGUAAUAAUUCUGAUGAUAGCGGGGAUGAUGUUUGGGAUGACGAGAAGAUUCCGGAUCCAUUAUCAGAUGAUGAUAACGAAUAUGAAGCUGAGAGACCAUUGUCUAAUGGAGAUCGUUCUGACAGUCUACUUGAAUUGCAUAAAACAUUCAAUAAUGCAGACGAAUUCAAGUAUGCACUCCUCAGGUAUUCUCUAAAGACCCAAUACGACAUCAAAAUGUAUAAGUCAUCAUCAAACAGGCUUGGGGCAAAGUGUACACAACAUGUGAAAGAUAAGUGUCCAUGGAAAGUUUAUUGUGCUUUUGAGAAGAGGAGGAACAAGCUUAUGAUAAAUAUCUACGAGGAUGACCAUCGUUGUGUAAGAUCUGGUUACACUAAGCUUUUGAAGAGUGGAACUAUUGGGCUAUUGUAUGAGGAAAGACUUCGAGUGAAUCCUAAGAUAAAAUCUCAAGAAAUGGUUAAUGAAAUCAAGAGGGAGUAUAAUAUGAUUGUGAGUGUGCAUCAAUGUAGGAGAGCGAAGAAGUUGAUAAAAAAUAAAAGAAAGGCUAGUCAUGAAUCUCAUUUUGCUAGAAUAUGGGAUUAUCAAGAGGAGGUACGUACAUCUAAUCAAGGUUCAACUAUGGAGAUCGACACAAUUCCUGGACCAGUCCCUGGUAGCUUGCAAAGAUUCUACAGAUUAUAUGUGUGUUUUGAAGCGUUGAAAAAAUCUUGGAAGCAGUCAUGUAGGCCCAUUAUUGGAUUAGAUGCUGCAUUUAUGAAAUGGGAUAUCAAAGGCCAAAUGUUAGCUGCUGUUGGUAGAGAUGGGGAUAACCGAAUAUUUCCAAUUGCUUGGGCAGUGGGUUUACUAAAUGCAGUUCAUGAUGAGCUUCCCCAAGCUGAACACAGAUUGUGUGCAAGACACAUUUUGGAAAACUGGAAGAAGACAAACAAAGAUAUUGAACUUGAGCGUAUGUUUUGGAAAAUUGCGAGGAGUUACACAUCGGCAUCUUUUGCAGCAAACUUAGAAGAAUUGAAGAAAUAUAACCAAGGUGCAUAUGACUCACUACAACGCACUGCACCAAUGACGUGGUCUCGGGCUUUCUUCAAACUUGGGUCUUGUUGCAAUGAUAACCUCAACAACCUGUCAGAGUCUUUCAAUAGAAAUGUUAGAGAGUCAAGAAGGUUGCCAUUACUUGAUUUUUUAACAGAAGUGAGGAGGAAAUGCAUGGAGAGGAAUGCAAAAAGGACAAUUUUAACUAAUAGGUGGAAGAAGAGGUUCACACCAAGGACAGAUAAAGAGAUUGAACUAAACAGGCAGAGAGCUAAGGAUUGUCGAAGGUACAUGACGACAGGGAAUUUACAUGAAAUUGAACAUGGAGAUGAUGUUUACAGUGUUGAUAUGGAGAAAAAAACUUGUGGUUGUGGCUAUUGGCAAUUGAAUGGCAUACCUUGCAUGCAUGCUAUGUGUGUCAUAACAACGACAAAGUUGGAUCUUAAUGAUUAUGUAUCUGAUUAUUACUUGAGUUCAAGGUGGCGCCUCUUGUAUAAGGAAGGAAUGAAACCAGUCCAAGGCAUGAAGAUGUGGAAACGGUUAGGUCGCUUACAUGUUCUUCCACCACCAGCUAGAUUUAACCGUGGAAGACCACAUGGUCAUGCUAGGAGAAAGGCUCCCCAUGAGUCUUCAUCCAAUAAGAACAAGUUAACUCGCCAUGGUCGUAUUAUGACAUGUUCCAACUGCGGCAAAGAAGGACAUAAUAAGACUAGGUGUUCUAAUCCGCCUGCACCUCCUCAAGCAAAAAGACCAAGAGGUCGUCCAAAAAAAGGAGAAUCAUCUCAUGUUGGAGACUAUUCUCAAGCAGGAACUUCACAAAGUGGAUCAUCACAAGGAAGAUUCGGCUUCUCUCUUUAG